UCAAAGAAUUAAUUGCCAGCACACCCAUGAAAGUUUGUCUUUUCUUUUAAAUAUUUGGAUUCGUUAAUCAAAAUACUUCCACCAACCAAAGUUAUACUCCAGCCAAACAUGAUACUUAUAACUCGUUAAAAAUAUUGGAAUAGCAAUCUGACAUGAUGUGAUGAAUUGAAAUGGCAGAAACAGCAGUAUCAUUUGUUGUGGACAAGCUUUACCAGCUUGUAAUAGAAGAAGGAACUUUGCUUGGAGGGAUUAAAAGAGAUUUCACAGACAUCAAAGAUGAACUUGAGAGCAUUCAAGCUUUCCUCAAAGAUGCAGAUAGAAGAGCUUCCACAGAUGAAGCAGGUGCCAGUGAAGGAAUCAAAACAUGGGUGAAGCAGGUGAGAGAAGUCUCUUUUUGCAUAGAAGAUGUGAUUGAUGAGUACAUCAUGUAUGUGGUACCAAGGGUCAACCAUUCAGGAUGCAUAGCCUCAUCACUCCAAAAGAUUGCUCACAAAAUCAAAACCUUGAAGCCUCGUCAUCGAAUUGCAUCCGAUAUCCAAGACAUCAAGUUAUCAGUUGGUGGAAUCAAAGAAAGAAGUGAAAGGUAUAACUUUCAGUCUUCAGCUGAAAAUGGAUCAAGGAGUUCUAGAGGGACUAAAGAUGCCAAAUUUCGUGACCCUCGAAUAGCUUCCCUUUUCAUUGAAGAUACUGAAGUUGUGGGGUUUGAGUCACCAAGAGAUGAAUUGAUUGGUUUCUUAGUGGAAGGAAUCAAGGAGAGGAUGGUGAUUUCUGUGGUGGGAAUGGGAGGACUUGGCAAAACCACUCUUGCCAAGCAUGUUUUUGACAACCAAAAGGUAAGAAAGCAUUUUGAUUGCUGUUCUUUUAUUACAGUCUCUCAAUCAUACACUGUGAGGGGAUUGUUGAUAGAUAUGAUACAGAAAUUUUGUAAAGACAGUAAUGAGCCUAAUCCAAAGGGUCUGCAUAAGAUGGAUGAGAGCACACUGGUUUCUGAAGUGAGGCAAUACCUUCAGUCAAAGAGGUAUUUGGUCCUGUUUGAUGAUGUUUGGCGAGAAAAUUUUUCUGAUGAGAUUGAGCAUGCCUUGCCUAAUAAUAACAGAGGAAGUAGAAUCAUGAUCACCACUAGAAUGAUGCAUGUUGCUGAGUUUUUUAAGAAAUCAUUCCCUGUUCAUGUUCACAAACUGCAAGAACUGUCCCCAAACAAAGCAUGGGAGCUCUUCUGUAACAAGGCAUUUAAAUCAGAGCCUGGUGGGAAUGCAAAUUGUCCAACAGAACUUGAGGAUAUGUCCAAGGAAUUUGUUAAAAAAUGUGGAGGGAUGCCACUUGCAAUUGUUUCCAUUGGUGGUCUUUUAUCAACAAAAGCUAAAACCAUGUAUGAAUGGAGAAAGGUGACUCAAAAUAUAAGGAUAGAGUUAGAGCGAAAUCCACAUUUGACUAAUUUGACAAGGAUUUUAUCUCUCAGUUAUGAUGAUCUUCCUCACAAUUUGAAAGCAUGCAUGUUGUAUUUUGGCAUAUAUCCGGAGGAUUACUCCAUCAGACGGAAGCGACUCACUAGGCAAUGGAUGGCUGAAGGGUUUGUUAAAAAUGAAGAGAGAAGAACUUUGGAGGAUGUUGCUGAAGAGUGCUUGACAGAGUUGAUACAGAGAAGUUUAGUUAAAGUGUCCAAAUAUGGGUUUGAUGGAAAAGUCAAAAUCUGUUAUGUUCAUGAUUUAUUUCGUGAUGUGAUCGUUAGAAAAAUGAAAGAUAUAGGCUUUUGUCAUUUAAUGCAUGAAGAUGAUGAACUAGUCACUGUUGGAGUAACUAGACGCUUCUCUAUAAUAGCUGCAUCCAACAAUGUGCUGAGAUACACUAACUACUCAGGCAUUCGAGCUGUUUUUGUUUUCGACAAAGGUGAAAUGCCUAAACAUUUUUUGGGUAGAUUAUCUUCAAAGUUCAAGCUCUUGAAAGUACUUGAUUUUGAAAGUGCUUUGAUGGAUUAUGUUCCUGAUAAUUUGGGGAAUCUUUUCCACCUGAGUUACCUAAACCUAAGCCAUACCAAAGUGAAGGUUCUACCUAGAUCCAUUGGUAAGCUCUUGAACUUAGAAACUUUGGAUCUCAGACAAACUCUAGUGCAUGAGCUACCAAAGGAAAUAAACAACCUGACAAAGCUAAGGCUUCUUCCAAUUUAUUACAGGAAGUACGAAGGACAAUAUUCUAUGUUGAACUUCACAACUGGGGUGCAAAUGCAAAAGGGUAUUGGAUGCUUGAAAUCAUUGCAAAAGCUUUACUUUCUAGAAGCUGAUCACGGUGGAAUAGACCUUAUCCAAGAGCUCAAAAUGUUGAGACAGUUGAGAAAAUUAGGCAUAAGGCGCGUGCGGAGAGAAUAUGGGAGUGCCCUUUGUGAUGCAAUACAAGAGAUGAAACAUCUUGAAUCUCUCAAUAUCAGUGCUAUUGCUGAGGAUGAAAUCAUUGAUUUGAAUUUCACAUCAGCUCCUCCUCAUCUUCGAGUGCUCAAUUUGAAAGCUGGACUAACAAAGUUGCCUGAAUGGAUUCCAAAACUUGAGUAUCUUGUGAAGCUAAGGCUUGGCUUAUCUAACUUAGAAUAUGAUCCACUAGACUCUUUGAAGAACUUGCCAAAUCUAUUGCGGCUCAAUCUAUGGGAUAAUUCCUUUGCAGGAGAAAGUUUGUAUUUUCAAGUUGGAGGAUUUCCAAAGCUGAAGGAACUAGAUCUCACUAGAUUAAACAGACUGAGUUCUAUCUCUAUAGAUAAAGGAGCUUUGCUUGGUCUUGAACACUUCAGAUUUAACAAUAACCCAGAGUUAAGGGUGGUACCUGAGGACCUCAAACAUUUGAUGAACCUUCAAUUCCUUGGAUUUAAUAAUAUGCCAGCUGAAUUAGUUGAAAGCAUUGAUCCAGAAAAAGGUGGACAAUGCCAUUGGAUUAUCAAGCAUAUUCCACUUGUACUCAUCCGUCAGAGUGUGGGACCAAAAUUUCAUGACUAUGAGUUGCGCCCCAUUCCUACAUUGGACCAUGUCUAAAAUAUGAAGCUCACAAGAACGAUGCAUUAUAUCUCUUCAUCCCUUCUAUGGUGCUUGAAUCCCCAAAUAAAGAUUUCCAUGAAGUCAUCCUACUUCAUCAAGGAAUUCCAUUCUGAGUUACUCUGGCUUUUUUUACUUUUGUUAUUUGUGAUGUGUAGUUGUGGCCUUGUGGGAGAUUUUUUGCCCUGUACUAUAAAAUCAAGACCUUCAUUUGUAGUUUGUAAGUAUAUACCUUUAUAUUGAUUUUGCUAAGAAGGAUGGAAGCUAUUUCUUAGCGAUUAAUAAAUGGAUUUGUUAUGCA